AUGCUGGCAACCGUUGCCGCUGAAAUUCACAAGAGCAUCGAGCAAGGGCUGCGAGAUGCGGCAUCUACGGACUGGGCUUCAACGCAAGUCGAAGAGGCCGUUUGUUUGCUCGACCAGGCUCGUGAAGCGCAAGAAGCCCUGCGUGACCACUUGACACAGUUGACACCAGGGAAAGAUACACUGGCAUCAGUACUGCAAAAGCUAAAAGACCGCGCGCACCAGCUUGAACUGCAAGCGGUGUUGGCAUCAUUGCGACGGACAUUGGCCAUGCAUGACUCUGAGCUCUUGGCCCCCUUUGCAACACCCAGGCCACCAUGCAUGAAUCUUGGGGCGAUAUUGGACGAGGUUACCGCCUUGCACGAUGCGACACACCAGCGCAAACAGGUGCUCACUGAAGUCAACGAUGGACUUAUGGAUCUCAUGCUGAAGUUGCUCGACGCUUUGGAGGCGGUGGCGACGAGAGGGGCUGUCAGCGUUACUCACCGAUUACACGAUCUGCGACAGUGCGUUCAACACCCAAACACAGCUUUGGUGCCUGCGCCGCAAGAUCUGCCUGAUGCCUGGGAACAGCUUUGUGAGACCCUCAACAAGCUGCGCCUCUUUGUGCUGAAUGAAGUGGUGCAGCUGGCACAUCCCCAAGCAGAGCGCGCCGAUGAUCAUCAGGCUGGGUUUGCAUCCUUGAUGCAGCACGCCAAGACCCUGGAACAGCAGCUGCAAGACGUGGCAGACUGGCAAGCUACAACCCUGUCCGUUCUGACCUCGUGCAUCGGGCUCGUUGACGGACUGGCGAAGAACGCAGGCGAUGGACUUGAUGUUGUCAGGGAGCUGGAUCAAAUGGAUGGCCAGAUCCAGGGCAUUAACGCUGCUUUGCAGCUGGAGCUAUCAGAAACGGUUCACUGUCAGUUGGAGCAACGGGUUGAACAACUCAAACAGAAACGCGAUCUCUUGGGACAAAGGCUCUCAAGUCAAGCACAUGUCCAGCAUGUGGCGCAGCACGCAAAGCUAGCCAUGUUGCUGAAGCAGCACUUUCCAGAGUUAUUGGUGCUUUUGCGCUCUGAGCCAGCAGCGUCGCUCCUUUGA